CCGAGGGUGCCCGUAGCGACCCCUUAUUUUAUUAGCAAUAUUCUCUUUUUUAGUUCUUCUCAUAGCUGGUAAGCUGGGCACGUUUUGGUUUGUACUUUGUAGCUAGUCCGGCAAAUCCAGCCUUCACCAUGUCCAAUCCCUCAGCCGUCUGCUGCUUCAGCAUGCUCCGCCACCUCUCGGCUCUCACACUGUUUAUCUUUUUCGUCACAGCCGGAGAACCAUCAACAUCUGCGGCGGUUCAGGAUCACCAGCAGCAGCUGGACUACUCACCCGUGACCCACUUCCAGCAGUAUCUUCGAAUCAACACCGCCCACCCCAACCCUGACUACCCCUCCGCUGUCAAUUUCCUCACCGCCUUGGCCAGCUCCAUCCCCGGCCUCCGAUCCCAGCUUCUGUAUUUCACUUCCCCUCCCCCAAACAAACCCCUACUUCUACUCACCUGGCCCGGCUCCAACCCUUCGCUUCCCUCCAUCCUCUUCAAUUCGCAUCUCGACUCCGUCCCCGCCGAGCCCGCCAAGUGGUCCCACCCGCCCUUCUCCGCCCACCGCUCCUCCGACGGAAAAAUCUUCGCUCGCGGAGCCCAGGACGACAAGUGCAUCGGCAUCCAGUACUUGGAAGCUAUCAGGGCCAUCCAAAUCAGCUCUCCGGGCUUCACUCCACUCCGGAAUGUCCACAUCUCUUUCGUCCCCGAGGAGGAAAUUGGGGGCUUCGAUGGCAUGGCCAAGUUCGCAGGCUCCCAAGAGUUCAGAGACUUGAAUGUGGGGUUCGUUUUGGAUGAAGGCCAGGCCUCACCCACCGAUGAGUUCAGGGUGUUUUACGCCGAUAGAAUCCCCUGGCAUAUGGUGAUUAAGGCUGCCGGGAUGCCUGGACACGGAUCUCGGUUGUAUGAUAAUACUGCCAUGGAGAACUUGAUGAAGUCUGUGGAGGUUAUCACAAAAUUCCGGGAUGCACAGUUUGACAAAGUCAAGGCAGGAUUGGCAGCCAAUUCAGAGGUCAUUUCAGUCAACCCUGUUUACCUAAAAGCUGGGACUCCAUCACCAACUGGUUUUGUGAUGAAUAUGCAACCUUCAGAGGCAGAAGCUGGAUUUGAUAUCAGAAUGCCACCAACAGCUGAUCCAGAGCUAAUGAGGAAAACCAUUGCAGAGGAAUGGGCACCUUCUUGGAGAAACAUGACAUUUGAGAUUGUAGAGAAAGGGACGCUAAGAGACUUCAUGGGUCGCCCUCUGCUAACUCCAACUUCAGAUUCUAACCCCUGGUGGUCUGUUUUAAAGGAAGCCAUUUCGAAAGCGGGUGGCAAACUUGCAAAGCCUGAAAUUUUGUCUUCAACUACUGAUGCUCGUUUCAUGAGGGAAAAGGGGAUUCCCACUUUUGGCUUCUCCCCUAUGAAGAAUACACCUAUUUUACUUCACGACCAUAAUGAGUUUCUGAAGGACACUGUUUUCUUGGAGGGGAUCAAGAUCUAUGAAUCUAUUAUCAAAGAAUUGAGCUCUUUUGAGGAACAAUCUUUAUGGAAUCGACUAACAAUAUCGAGCCCUUGAUGAAUCAAACAUAUUACACUGCAUAGGUUGUUUGUUUUGCAUAGGAAGUUUAUGCAUGUGAAAUUCUUAUCUUCACCAAACAGAUAUCAAGGUUCAUCACGUAGAGCUUAUAUAUAUAAGCUAUAUAUAUGUGUGUGUUUCUUCUUCAUGCUUUUGGAUCUCCAUCUCCUUCUGUUCCGCCUUAGGACUUCGGAUCUCUGCACAUCUAUUAAAGAGUAUGUCUUCUGGUUGCUGAGCUGUUUUCUUUUUAAUUUAACCAAAGCUUCAAACGACGACGUUUGGUUUAAUGAUACUAAAAAAUAAAAAACGACGCCGUGCCUACGAUGAUAACUGGGCUGCUAAGCCUUUCUGGAAGAGCUAAAUUUGAGGAAAUUAAACGGAAGAAUGGCUGAGAGCCUAAAACAAGCAGACCGCAUGAAUCGAAGAGACAUAAGAGAGUCAAAACUCUAGAGAUGAAAACGAGAAGUUGUUGUGGACCUGUGGUGCUGCCUGUUGGCGAUUGGAGAAAUUAGAGAUGGGCAAUUUUGCGCAGGGAGUAUAGAGGAAACGAGAGCAAUUUGCUUGACUCUAGCGGGAGAAUUGGCCAUGGCAGUAGGAGAUGACGCAUCGGUUGAAUCAGCCAGAGGAAAAAGGAACAAAACUGAAAAGUACGGCCUCAUUUGGCGACUUCUGUCUGGGGCAUGACAUAUCAAGUUGUUUUUUGUUUCGCCGUAACGAAACUAAGGGGAUCGGACUGGACGAGGAAAAGGCAUUGUCGCUCACGGAGGAAGCAUUGGUAGAGGCAAAACGGGGGUCCGGGCUCAUGUUGUGCCGAUUGAUGGUGGUGUUACUUCUAGAGGACACAGCAGGUGAUGGCAAUCCUUCUGGCCAGUUAGAACACAAUGAAGGAACCCUUCCUGGGUUUUCCUCCAAACAAUGGGGGGCUCUAUUAGCUGUGUUGGGUAAACCAAAUUCGAAUAAUGAACAAAGGUCUAGUAAGUUUGAUGUUUUGUCCCCGAUUAUUGAUAUCGGGGCAUCCAAUCACGUUACACGGAAUAUUUCUUGCUUGAUUAUUAUUAAAGAAAUUGAAGAAUGUUCGGUGAGCCUCCCAGAUGGACAAAAAGUAAUGGCUACUAAUGAAUGAUUUGUUCAAUUGUCAGAGACAAUAUGUUUGAACCAUGUGUUGUUUGUUCCCCGAUUAAGUUGUAGUUUAAUAUAUUUUCUCAACUCGUUGAUGAUCUUUACUGUUUUAAUCAGUUCACUUUUAGCAUUUGUGUAAUUCAGGACCGGCACUCUAAGAGGUUGAUUGUACCGGAUAGGUGACUAUUCUUUUGGUAAAAAAAAGGUUGGUGUGUGUGAAUAUCAAGACUCCUAAGUAUUUUUUCUCCCGAGAUAUCAAGUUUAGGGAUGGACCCGGGCCGGUCCGGUUCCGGUUCCGGGCCGGGCCUGGGUGGGCUUUUUUUGCAAAUCCUUGGGCCCGGAACCGGCCCGGGUUGAUACCGGGUCCGGGCCUAGCUGGGCCGGGCCGGGCCCGGUUCAAUGUCUAUUUAUUUUUUGCUUUCUUGUUAUCCCCCGACCCCCCCCCCCCCUCACCCCACCCCCCAAACCUCCCCAAAACACCCAGCCCUACCCUAGGAAAAGAAAAAAUAAUUGAAAAAAAAAAAUUUUGACCCGAGCCCGAGCCCGGCCCGCUCGACCCGCCCAAACGGGCUAAAAGCCCGGAACCGGCCAACUGGUCCCGGUCUGGUCCGGGCCCACAAUUAUUUGAGGAUCAAUUUCCGUUUAAUGAAUCUAUGCAUGUCAUCUUAGAUGACCCCCUCCUCCUCCCCCUCCCCCCCCCCCCCCCCCCCCCCCUUCUCAAUUUCCGAUAUAUGGGGAUAAGACACUUCUACCAUACCACAUGUGUCGAUUACCACCUCACCACAUACCUUCACUGUGGUACCUUCGAUUAAACUGCGGCAUUACACGACUCGCACUGUGAUUCAAGAAAGUUCAUUCCCCACGAUUGCCCCUUAAUCUGCUCCUUCAGGUACACCGUUUCGUAUAGCGCAUUAUGUUAAUUGUGCUAAUUUUUCUCCAAAUUAUCACAAUUUCCUCGUGCCUAUAUCUGCAGGCACAAAGCCUACCUUCUUUAAAGAGGCGGGUCGUGAUGCUGGUUGGCGAGAUGCUACGCGCGCUAAAAUUCGCGCUCUUGAAGAAAACUGCACCUGGACCAUGACAUGACUUCCACCCAAAGCGGCUUUAUCAUUAUUAGUUGUUGCGCGUAAAAUCUCAAAUGAAAUGUCAUUUACCAAACACUCCUUUAUCUGCCUAUUUGUGAUCAGAACAUCCUUCUUUGUCCAAAUGAUCUUGCCGUAUGUGUCACAAAAAUAUUAGAUUUUCAUUUGCC